AUGUCGAAACUUAUCGUUAUACCAGGAAUCACGGGUGCUCAAGGCGGCUCUGUCGCAAAUGCCUAUCUAAAGUCCCGCGGGUGGAAAGUUCGUGGCACCACACGAAAUGUGUCUUCAGAAAGCGCAAAGAUAUGGAAGGCGAAAGGAGUGGAAAUGGUGCAAGCAAAUUUCGACGACAUCAAUAGUCUCGUCGCUGCGUUUCAAAACGCGAACGUGAUAUUCGGGGUGACUGACUUCUGGACUAUCUUUAAGGACGAAGAGAGCCACAAGAGGAAGAAAGCAAAUCAAGAUAUUACGCACUACUGCUUCGAGGUGGAGCUGAUGCAGGCCAAGAAUUUAGCUGACAGUGCUGCUCAAAUACCAACUCUAGAACGAUACGUGUUCAGCUCUAUGGCGAACGCGUCUAAAUGGAGCCACGGCAAAUUUUCAAGACUUUAUCAUAUGGAUUCAAAGGCUCUCGCAGUUGACUAUGCGUUGAGCCUUCCGGGAUUACAAGAAAAGUUCUCCCAAAUCCAGGCUGCGAUUUAUUAUAAUCUUCCGUGGGAGUGGGGCUUGCCAACCACACCUCAGAAGCAAAAUGAUGGAUCAUACAACAUUACCGCAAUUGGCUCCGGUGAUGCACCAAUCCCGUUCUUGGACGUGCACCGCGAUUUUGGUUCGUGUGUUCAAACGGUCGUGAAUGCUGCGCCUGGUAUAAACUUUUUCGCAAGCCAGAAUGUUCCCCACGGGAAGUACAACCAGGUUCCUUUGGAGAAGUUUGAGGAGUUGCUUCCCGGUGGGCUGGGAAGGGAAUUUGGAGAGAAUGUGUUGUUUGCGCAGCAAUUUGGAUACGAGGGUGGGGAUCCGGUCGUGCGCCCAAGAGAGCUGGGAGUGAAGAUGACCACAUUUCGGGAUUAUUGCGACCAGACCGACUUUUCAAGAAUCCUCUGA